UGUGCUUCGUCCGUAAUACUUAUUACUUAGUUGCGCGUUUAAGAAACUUCUGCAGUGUUGCAUUACAUAGAAGCAUCUAGUACUAGUUUUAUCAGGGAUGCAAAUCCAGUUUGAAGUACAGUGAGCCGAACAUCCCAGUUCCUCUUCUCCAGUAUGAAUCAGAUUCAUUUUGGGUGGGCACUCUCUGCCCCUCCUAUAGUAACUGACGAAAUCAUGGGUAGACAUACGGAAUUUGAACUUUCUGCCGGCUCAUGUCUUCAUUCUUUUCGUUGGCACCAGGGAAAGUAAACGUCUGUUCAUUGGUGUUAGAGCAUUAGAAAUAUUUGGAUCCACACGGUUUCUCGAAUUUGGAGAGUCGGGAAUAGUAGAGACUGUCUACUGGAAAAAAUAACAAGAUUUGAGAUGUUCUUGGACAUUAAACAUAUCCUCUGGUUAGUCUGUGCCUGCAGUGCUAUAACCCAGGAUGUCCGCAGGAUGAAGGUAGAGAAGAGUUCUCCAGUACGGGUCUCCCUGGCGGAGCAGGUGGUGUUGCCCUGCCAUUUCUCCACCCUACCACCCCCCACUGGCACCACCACCACAACAGUUGCUGCACCCACGGCCUCCAGCGCCCACCUCGAUCAUCUCCGCAUCAAGUGGACUAAACAGGAGGGCGAUACGGAAACCACGGUGCUGGUGGCCCAGAAUGGUUUCAUCAAGAUCGGGCAGGAGUUUAAGGACAGGGUUUCAGUGCCCAGCCACCCUGAGGACGUGGGCGACGCAUCUCUGACUGUAGUGAGGCUCAGAGUCAGUGAUGCGGGAGUCUAUCGUUGUGAAGUUAUGCACGGCAUUGAAGACACUCAAGAUUCAGUCUCCCUGGAUGUCAAUGGUGUUGUGUUUCAUUACCGGACCAACAGCAGUCGCUACAGUUUAGAUUUUGAGCAUGCCAAGCAGGCCUGCGUUGAUGUGGGUGCAACCAUUGCCACGUCUGAGCAGCUAAAUUCAGCUUACGAGGACGGAUUUGACCAGUGUGAUGCCGGAUGGCUGGCGGACCAAACCGUCAGAUAUCCAAUAACAAAGCCACGGGAAGGUUGCCAUGGAGAUAUGAUAAUGAAGCCAGGAGUUCGAACAUAUGGAAUCAGAGAUCCCUCUGAGACUUAUGAUGUGUACUGCUAUGUAGGAAAACUUCAGGGUGAGGUGUUUUACCUAGCAGUUAAUACUAAGAUGACUCUUGAUGAAGCCAGGGAGGCGUGUGAGAGAGAGGAUGCAGUUUUAGCUGCACCAGGUCACCUGCACGCAGCCUGGAGGGAAGGCAUGGACCGUUGCGACUUUGGCUGGCUGUCGGACGGCAGCGCCCGCUACCCUAUCUCUGUACCAAAAAGGCAGUGCGGCAGAGGACAGCUGGGUAUCAGGACAAUGUACCGCUACCUCAACCAAACAGGAUUUCCCUUACCGAGUGAGAAGUUUGGAGCUUAUUGCUUCAAAGCAUGGGAGCCCACAACAGCUCCUACAACUGUGCCCACAACAGCUCUUAUAACUGUGCCCACAACAGAGACUACGACAACUCUAAUUCCUUUGGUCACCCUUCCAGUCUCUUCCCUUAGAGCAACCCCUUCUACGCAAGCCCAUAACUUCACGGAAGAGCCAUCUUCCAUGUUUUCUGCAAGAAUGGCUCCACACCACAAAGCCACCCCCGAGGCCUACCCAUCUGCUGAAGCCAUCACUUCUACCCCAACUGAAGAAAUCCCAUUCAAAGACUAUGACGAUGGGAACAGUGUCUUGGUGCAAGCACUUCCCCAUGCUGUUGAUUCUGUCUUACCUGAUCAGCUACCCUCAAUCCCCACCACAACUGGAAUUACCCCAUAUCCAGAUCCUUAUCAAGAUCAGCCCACCACAGGAAGCAGACACCCUGGGAUGGAUACGCCUCAUGGGGAAUACAAUGAAAGUAGCGCAGAGGGUAGCAGCAGUGGAGACAUGGACACUCCUGAUAAUGUAAUUCCUACUUUGCAUACUGUGUUUGUUAUGGUCAACCAAGAAGACACAGCAAAACCAGCCAUCGUGUACAAAGAGAAUGAAACCACAGCAAACACGACUCAAGGAGGGCUGGUCAUUGCUGAGUCUACCAUGAUAAAACCACAUUUAAGUGAAACGGUCAUAAAUGUUGAGAACACGGAAACUAGAAAGGAUAUUGACAGUCCACUGGACAUGAAAAAACAGUCUCCACUCCAUAUCCUCAUAGUCAACUUCCAAGACAAAAACCACUCAGUUUCUCAAAUUCUCAAAUUCCUUGAUAAACCAGCUGCUCUGUUGGGUGAAAUGGAGUCUCCUUUGGGCAGUGGAGAGUUUGAUUUAUAUCCCUCAGCUUCUGUUGCCAUUACCCCAAAAUUGAGUUUCAUCAAUGGAAAACAUGAGCUAACUCUGAAACCGGACAUUGAGCAAACUCAGGAAGCUAGAGGAGACCAGUUUGACACCGCCAUUCCGGCAAUGGGAGAAACCAUCCUUGAUUAUGAGACUGGCAUGUUUAUUGAUGAGGCUGAGGGCACCAGAUCAUCCCAUGAGACGGGUGAAUCUGGCUCAACAACGAAAACCACAGUCGAGCCCCAAACAACAACAACAAAGAGCUCUGAAUGUAAAACCAUGGCAGAGUUACCCACAUUUGCAACCAAAUCCCCAAGCCAUGAGAUGCCCUUACACACCAUAACCUUCAGAAAGCCAAUGAACGAAGAGGGUUCGGGGAUGCAGCCAACAGAUGAUGAAAAGGAAUUGACCGCUCUGGAAGGUUCUGCGGAUGACGUGCUACCAACAUUUACAUCUCAGGACUCAGAUGUGGUAGCUACCGAUGAGACGGAAAUAGCUGAACCAGAGAAGACUACAAAAGAAAAUGGGGUGGAUAGUUCCACCAAGGCACCAUUUUUCACAUUAAAAACAACUCUAGAACCCAGCACUACUGGCAGAAAAAGGCAGCCAGAUACAGAAGAUUUUGAUGGAUCAACCUCAGCCGAGGAAGAGAGCUCGGGACAAGAUUUAUUUCCAAUCGAAGAACCAAAACACCCAACUCAAUCACCUUCUAUUACUGUUUCAUCUGACAACUUUACAGGUUCCUUAACAAAUACUGAUUCUAAUCAGCCAAGGCAACCCAUUAGUUUGGAUGUGCUGAAUGCAGAACCAACUAUUCGUAUUGUUUUAACUUCUCAGAAGGAGGAAGUCUUAGGAGAAGAAACACAAACAAAGUCUCCUACAAAGUCUACAGAGUCUCUUUAUACUGAAGACAUUGGGAGUGGACAAGACCAAAUGACCACCAAAAGUCCUUUGUUGGGGCCUGAGAUUGAAAAGGAUGCAAGCACAAUUUUUACCAUCACUGAGGACUUGAGCUCUGGUGAUCAGCCAACUGAAGUAUACUCAAUGAAACUAUUCACUGCUACUACAGUGCCAUCCCUUCCCAUUCAGGAAACUGAAGAAACAAGGAAGAUUAGUGCAGAUUAUGAAGCAACUAAAUUUAUUGAAGGCUCUGCAGAAGACCCAACAGUACUGACUUUUACUUCUGUCCAAACUCAGACAAAGUCCCAAUUCACAACCCAAACUCCAGUGACCACCAUUCUGCCCACUGAUGGUCUAAGAGCAAUGUUUUCUUCUGAAGAAACCAUUUUAAUCCAAACAAUACCAACCACCUCAGUAUAUUCAUCAGAGACUUCUGAGGAGAAAACUCAAGAAAUUUCACUUGGUUACGCAACUGAGAAACCUCUCACUUCUUCAAUUUCAGUUUCUCAUCUUCCCACCUUCAGUAUUUCUACAGAACCAGUGCCAGUCCAGGUCUUGGGUGGAGGAACGAGUCAGUGGACUGCUACAGAAGAAAUUCUCACCACUCCCGAAGCUACACCAACUGUGACAUUUGAGAAGGAUUUUGUAGAUUAUGACACUGAGGCAGGUCCCUCAAUCGUUGAGGGACAACCACCAUCCAUGGAUGAGUUCACUACAAGAAAACCAGAACCUUGGACUGCUGCCAGCUACACUGUUGAGAGCCACAUGGUUGAUUUACAAGGCCUCACACUUUGCUCAGUCAGUCUGUGUGAGAAUGGUGGAACAUGUUUUUUUAAAGGAAAAGGAAACAUUUGUGUCUGCAUGCCUGGAUUCAGUGGGGAACGCUGUGAAAAUGACAUUGAUGAAUGCCAGUCCAACCCUUGUCGCAAUGGAGCUACUUGUGUUGAUGGGUUAAACUCUUUCAGCUGCAUCUGUCUGCCCAGCUAUUCAGGAGCCCUUUGUGAACAAGAUACAGAGGUUUGUGACUUUGGUUGGCACAAGUUUCAGAGCCACUGCUAUAAAUACUUCACACACCGGCGCACCUGGGAAGCAGCUGAAAGAGAGUGUCGAAUGCAUGCUGGUCAUCUCACCAGCAUCCUGUCUCACGAGGAACAGCUCUUUGUAAAUGGUAUGGGACAUGACUACCAGUGGAUUGGGCUAAAUGAUAAAAUGUUUGAUAAUGAUUUUCGCUGGACAGAUGGCAGCCCGAUGCAAUUUGAGAAUUGGAGAGAGGGUCAACCAGACAGCUUCUUCUCCACUGGUGAGGACUGCGUGGUGAUGAUCUGGCAUGAGAAUGGCCAAUGGAAUGAUGUGCCAUGCAAUUACCACCUGACUUUUACCUGCAAAAAGGGCACAGUUUCCUGCGGGCAGCCACCUAUCGUAAAGGAUGCCAGUAUAUAUGGCAGCAGGAAGCCGCGCUAUGAGAUUAACUCCCUGGUGAGGUACCACUGCAAGGACGGUUUCAUCCAGAGACAUGUUCCCACCAUCAGAUGCAGAGGAGACGGCCACUGGGACAAGCCCAAAAUCACAUGCAUAAAUCCAUCAACCUACCAGAAGACAUACACACACACAUUUCAAAACAAUAACUAUUACAACAAUAGUAAGAGACGCUCUGAGUCGACGCAGAACCAUCAUCGCUGGUCAAAAACAGAUGACUCCAUACACUGAUCUCCAACCAGACAGUUGCUACAGUUGCUUCACAUCAACACAGAGUAUAUCUUUAGUCUAAAGGGAUGAAGCCAAACUAUGUGCCUGAUGAAAGUUUUAGAGCAAGAAUGUAAUUACCCUGAGGGACUGCAAAAAAAAAACAAAA